ACAUGGAACCAAGCGUUGAGAGGGCGGCCACAGCCUACACCCUGACUGGGGUGAGGGACCACCUCCAUAUCUAAGUAUUAUCCAAGCUUGGGGAGGAAGGGGUCUUUAGUGUAUCUCCUUGGGUUUGAGGAAGUGGGGCCUUAUCCUGCUUUGGGGUUAGAAAGAAGAAGCUCAGGAUCAGUUGGCUAGGAGGGAAGGGAGGGAGCCAGCAAUCCCUGUUGGACCAAAUUAAACUGGGAACUAGGCCUAUCAAGCCCAUUAAAGUUGGUCCUUGUAGGAGUGGGGCCAGAAGGCAGAGCAAAAGGAGUGUUGGGGCAACUCCUGUGGUCCAGGUUGGAGUUCGGAGGUACAUACAGGGCCUCCCUUGGUUUACUUUUGAUGCUUAAAGAGGGAGCCCUAAUUUAGGCCUUUCAGUGAUUAGCAUUUCCGAGCCUGGUGGCUGGUUAUCCUGGGGAAAGUACAGGAGGAAGAUAAAAUUCCUGGGGUACAUUGCACCCCCAAGAGGCUGAGGAAGAAUGGGCAACUCGCUUUGUGGUGCCCUCCAGGGGGCACCCCAGUCCAAAGGUGAAGAUUGGUGCCUCUGCUGAUCUCUAACCCCUUUUCUGCUGUCAGGGCCCAGCCCCUCCCUCAUUGAGGCCCUCAGGCCCCCUUGGUUCCAACUAGGGGAGGGCCUGGGCUUGGGGAGGCCAGGCAGCUCUGGGCCCCAAACCGGUUUUCCCACCUUCACCAGGGCUGGCACAUCACCACUGUGGUUCCCUCCCCACUACUUCCUUUCAGUUCUUCCUCUCUCCACCCUGGAAUGUUGGGGGUGGGGGGAUAUCUAGGCCAUCUUUUGUCCCUUGCCUGCCCUGGGUGUGGUCCCUUCCAGAAAGGCAAGACCAAUGUGUAUGAUUUUAAAACAAGAAGGUAGAGUGACGAUUCCAUGCUUGGCCUUCCACACUCCUGGAACUCAGGGUUUCCCUGUAAGCCUUAAAGGCAAUGAAACUAAGUGACGGCAAAAAGUAGUUGGGAUUCCCUUUACCCCCAUCUGAGCUAUGGAAGAGGAAACUGGAAAGUCCCAAGGAAGCCCAGCCUACCCCCUGGCCUGCUCUGGAGUAAGAUGGGAGCGGUAGGUUUCUCCCCAGGUGCCCCUGUUCAACCCAGUCCCUCAUCUCAAAUACCAACAAGGCAAAUCAUUUCCAUUUGUCUUCUCUUCUGCUGGAACUGAGAUCAUCUCAAUAAUGAUGGCACCAAGUGAUGUUAAUAGGGCCCUUGCUGUGUGCCAGGCGCUGUGCUAAGCACUUUAGAUGCUCACAAAACCCCUAUGAGGUAGGUGAAACCACGAGAAAACAGACACACAGAGGUCCAGUAAUGUGCCCAAAGCCACAUUGCUAGUCUUGGGUGGAAGCAAACUUUCUUCCCUGGCUGACCCUAGGAGCCCCUUUACUGCUACUUUGUGUCCUUUCACUAUGGCAGAACCCACAUCCCUAACCCUUCUAAAAAUAGUGCUCCUUUGAAAUGGAACUGGCUACUGAAGUCCAUUUUUAACCCAUGGAAGAACAGCUCUUUGGAGGGAGAUGAGGGAUUAUGGGAGUGUUUACAGGAGCUAUUGCAGCGUUUAUACCUGUAGCCAAUUCCCAUAUCCUCAGUCCCCAUACAAAUGCAGAUCUGUAAGUACCCUUCCCAUUUUCCUCCCUCUUACCCCACUGGGACAAAUAGAACCAUUCCCACUUCACAAAGGGGGAAAAUAAGGUUAAGGAGUUAAAUAACCUGCCCGAGGCACUGGCCUUGAGCCCUAGUAUUGUCCUUGGGAGUCUGGGUGACAUAUUAAAUGCCCUACCAGGACACUGCUGGGAAGGGCAGUAGUGGUGAUGGCCUUAAUAGCACAGAGCUUUGAGGAGGGACCCAGCAAGGAGGCACUGUCACACAGCCUAUCACACAAUCCAGGUGGGAAGCAGCAGAUGAUUAAUUACAGUGGACACCCAGAUAAAGCUGAGGAACAUUGGGAUGCUGCCUUCAUUUGGGACUGAUAGCUGAAGGAUCCAGAAGGGGAAUCUCGGCCCUGAGGAUGCUGGGGCAGGGAUUCUGAGGGCCCAGUUGGGUUUGGCAGGUCCCAGGGUGGGCCAGUGGCUGAUCAGGUGGAGUGGGCGCAGAUGCUGGGAGGACAAGGCCACCUAAUCGCCUAUUCAAAGCUGGGGCCUGAGAGUAGGUAGAGGGAGAAAACUACAAUUCCCAGAAGCCCCUGUUCCCCUCCGAGUCAAGGAUAGUUGCCAUGGUUUCAGGAAACAAUAUGGCUGCUCCCAGCUGGGAAGCGAGUUUCCCGGUUUGAGAGGCAGAGGCCGGUCUGGGCGCCUUCGGUGGCGAAAGAAGAGGCAUCUGAGAGAUCGUGCGGUUUGGCGCUGACGCUGCACGACUGGAACGGUCUUGCCUUCCUGGGGGUGCCAAUGGCUGGCAGCGUGGACGAGGAGGCGUUGCACCAGCUGUACCUGUGGGUAGACAACAUCCCCCUAUCCCGGCCCAAGAGAAAUCUCUCCAGGGACUUCAGUGAUGGAGUCCUGGUCGCAGAAGUCAUCAAGUUUUACUUCCCCAAGAUGGUGGAGAUGCACAAUUAUGUCCCUGCCAACUCUCUCCAACAGAAGCUCAACAACUGGGGUCACCUAAACAGGAAGGUGCUGAACAAGCUGAACUUCUCGGUACCAGAGGACGUGAUGCGCAAGAUCGCGCAAUGCGCGCCAGGCGUGGUGGAGUUAGUGCUCAUUCCGCUGAGGCAGCGCCUGGAGGAGCGCCAGAGGCGCAGAAAGCAGGGCGCGGGCUCCUUACAGGUGCCACCCCACUCAAGUUUCUCCCACUACUUGUGGGAGCUUCCCAGGCAGCGGGAAGCCCCGCCUUGGCAAGAAGUGUGGGAGAAGGGUGUCUGGCAAAGGGAGCCUGGUCUUGGAGACCACGGAAGAGACAUGGGGCUCCUUGGAGAUGAGCGAAUCCUACCUCACAGUAAACCCUGGGGGUUCUUUCAGGAGCUGGCUCCCCAGGAUGGCACUGGCUACAUGGAUGUGGGUUUGUCCCAGAAGGCCCGAGGGGAAGGUGCCCCGGACCCCCAGGGAGGAGGGCAGCUCAGGGGGGGCCGGCUGCUGGCGCCCCGACCUCCGGGAUAUAGUCAGGCACUGCAGGGCGACCCAAGCUUCGUCCUCCAGAUCGCUGAAAAGGAGCAGGAGCUGUUGGCCUCUCAGGAGACCGUGCAGGUCCUGCAGAUGAAGGUGAGGCGCUUAGAGCAUUUGCUGCAGCUCAAGAACGUGCGCAUCGACGAUCUCUCCCGGCGGCUCCAGCAGGCAGAGCGUAAGCAGCGGUGAGCGGCGGCCGGGGCCGCGCGGGGACUCCCCAGUACCCGCCAGAGCCCGGACGCCGAGACCGACGCACCCACCCACGCACCCACCGACGGACUGACGGAUCUACCGGCGCGCGGAGCCAGCAGCUCCAAAGAGCCUCAUGGGGCGCCAGCGCUCCCCUCCCUUGGGGGUGGGGGUGAGUUGGGGGGCAGUGAGGCAGGAGCCCUCAGAACGUGGCCCCCCGGACUGACCCACCUCCUUCCACUCCAUCCGGGUCAGGAGAAUGGACCGCUUUCCAGAACCCAGAAGCCACGUGCAGAGACCUGGCAUGCUCCCCAAAGCCAUGCCCGACACCAGGGGCCCCACCUUGGUGCUCCCUGUUCUGGGCCUUAGGGGGCGGUGCCCCAACUCGGUGCACACCGCUAGAAACAGGUCCCCGCCCAGCCCUGAGGACAGCGGCGUCUCCAUCCGGGCUAGUUCUCUGCGCCCUGGACCUCGGGGGAAGCUGCCCAAGGCAGCUGAGGGAGAAGCUUCCCUCUCCGGCGCGCUCACCUGGGGCCCAACUCGAGGCUGGAGAGCACAGCAGCUGGAGAGGAAGGGGUGAGGAGUGGCUUCAGCCAGGAGUGGGGAGCAGGCUUCAGCCUGUUCCAAACACCCUUCCCUCCCCUCCUGGGGGGGGGGGCACCUUUGAGAAUGUUUUGGAGAUACAGGACCGCACUACCGCCAUUAAAGAAGUUGUACUAUCUUUCCUGCGA